UUGAGAUUGAUAGGGGAUGGUAUGAGGUUCCCUGGAAGUGCCUAAUGUUCAGUACUACUGCUCGACCAAAGGCUGUGUUUAUUAUGUGGUUGCAGCUGCAAGCUAAGUUGCUCACUAAAGAUAGGUUACUGAAAUGGGGAUCCAAGGUGGAGCCACAAUGCAUGUUGUGUCAAAAUGAGGAUGAAACUCGCGAUCACUUGUUUGUGAAGUGUUCUUAUACUAGACGACUAUGGGAUGGGUUUGCUAGAUGGAUGCAAAUGACGUCUGAUAUAGGUGGGAAUUGGCAGCAACACCUUACCUGGGCUCUGAAGAAUGCAAAGGGGAAGACUAUAAGAGCUCAGAUUUUCAGAAUGGUAUAUGUUGAAGCUGUGUAUGCAGUAUGGAUUGAGAGGAAUCAAAGAGUGUUCGAGCAGAGGACAAAAGGAGUAGAUAGGAUUAUUAGAACUAUUGCCUUUAUUUGUAAUGUUAGGGCUUCCUCAAGGACUAGGCCUUUAGUUCAGUCUUAGUUGGUAUAAGAGUGGAUGUGAGGAUUUAUGUGUAUAGCAUGUAGAGGAGAGUGGGGAUAGUGUCUAUUCAGUAUUCAGGAUCAAGCUAACUAUGGAUGUUGGCUGCUUUGUAUUGCUUUAC